GUGUAAACCUCAGGUAUCUGAUGUAAUACUUGAUCCAAUGUGUGGAACAGGAGCUAUACCACUAGAGGGUGCUAUUGAGUUCAGCAGCUCCUUCUACAUCGCUGGGGACAACAAUGACAUGGCAGUGAACCGAACGGUUAAUAACGUCUAUCACAUCCAGAGGAGGAGAGCAGACAAGGGCAGCACACCUGGAUUACCUAUUGAUACGGUGCAGUGGGACAUUUGCAACUUACCCAUUAAGACCAGCUCUGUGGACAUCAUCAUCACUGACAUGCCCUUUGGGAAAAGAAUGGGUUCCAGGAAGAAGAACUGGGACCUGUACCCUUCCUGUCUUAGAGAGAUGGCUCGUGUUUGCAGACCAGACACAGGAAAGGCUGUCCUCCUGACUCAGGACAAGAAAUGCUUUGCUAAGGCUGUUUCGCGGAUGGGAGGGCUGUGGAGGAAGGUGCACACUGUUUGGGUGAACGUGGGUGGUCUACAUGCAGGGGUCUACCUCCUCAAGCGGACCUCGGGCUUGUUCGGCCAAGCUCCUGAGGACGUCCAUGAACCUAGAGGGAUGGGUGUCGCUCAGAUGGAUGAGAAAAACAAUCAGGAACUCUCAUAGCUUUCAUCACGAUGUUGAGGAGGAGUCACUUUAUUGACAUGAACCACAGCGGUUAUGUCUUUCCUCCUGACUGCAGCCCUCUGGUCCAAAAAGUCGUUUUGUUGUGUAAUUUUGGAAAUAAGCCGUCGUUUGGCAGCAGUUCAACGAUUCUGA